UUUUCUCCUCUGUAUACCUAGCUACUUCAACUAAUUGCACAUUAGUGUUUGUUUGGUCACAUUUGGAGACAUUAACUGUGAUACUACAUUGGCGUACGGAGUGUUCAUUCAAUGGCUACUGCAGGUGGCCAGCUGCAUAUCAUGGAAUCAAUCCAUCAACUCGGUUUUAGGAUGAUGAACCAUCCACACACUAGCGGUCAGCUAGCUAACUACUGUAGCUACAAAGAGUAACGUUAAUACUAAAUGCGAAGCCUAGUGAUGCUAUCUUCAAUGUAUGCUAUUCAAAUUCUGAAGCCAACUAGAGAAAGAGAGUCCAUUGACUCUCCAGGACAUGACACUGCUGUGGCAUGAGUAGUUGCUCAAUUGGGCUAAUUAGCUAGUAAAGUAUAUAACCUGCCACACAAAACAGGUUUCUUUCCACUGCUCAAUGUUGCAUGCGUCAACUACAUCUACUGUGCCGUCGGGAAGCAGAUUGCUAUUACAUACGAUGUGGUUAUUUGAUAUGUAAAAUACCUAUCCAGGCUUUGCAAGAUCUGGCAUGUGUCAGUAACAUCUGAGCAGGUGAACAGAAUCAAAAGAGGUGUACCUGCCAGAUUACAUUGCAGAUGCCUGCAAGAUCUCACCAUGCCUGGACAGACCAUGAAGAUGGAGACAGAUGUAUUUAACCCUUCCCACACUGCAGAGCUCCAGUUCCUCAGGUCACGGGUUCGGGAACUGGAGAAAGAGAAGGCCGAAAUGGCGGCUGAAAACCAAUGGCUACAAAACAUGCUAGUAAAGGAGAUCCCUGACCUGCUUUCUACCAUGUGGCAGAACUUGGGCCAAGCCAACCAGCCCCUCCACCCUGCAGUGUCCCCACAGGCUGUCUCCACAGCAAUAGUGAGGGGCGAGAGCUACACAUACACACACCACUCUGUGUCAGGACAAUCUGGCCGAUGGUUCAGUCCCCCACUUCAUCAUCAGCCCAUGUCCAACCGCUCAGCUAUGACUCAGGACGACGUGAAUGGAAGCAUGUCAAACUUUGGACCCGAGAUGGCCAUCAGUGAGCACAGUGUGGACGGAGACUUAGAGCUGAGUGACAUCACAGAGGACGACAACCCUCACAGCUCUCUGUUUGGCUCAGCAGCCGACCUACCCGGGAUGAGGACAUGCUCAGAGACACACUGUGUUAGUGGGACGGGCCAUGUAAACCAGGUGGAGGUAUACCCAAGUUCCGGCGUCUUCUGUGAAAUGCGGUCUUGGCAUGCAGCCAAUCAGACGCAGUCUCCCACGGCGAUGGCGCGCACUCUGUUGCUGGGCGUGUUCGACAUGGACACCCUGCUGAACAGCAACCUGCGAGGGGGGCGGAGCCGCAGACCAACCUUCCCCAACCACCGCACCGCCCUGGACCCACACAAGCUCAACGCCAUCUACAAUGCCACUCUAGCCCGCUUCCCAUUGGCCAGGAAGGGACAAAUUGGCACCGGCAUCAACUCCAAGCUGUCUGAGAUCCGGUUCCGAUCCAGGAGAGCCAACCUGGACCCCAGUUAUCUAUGAAGGACUGUUCCUGCCCACACACCCAGUUGUAUCAAAUCAACAUUUUAGUUCUAGUAUUUUAUCACAUUAACCGUUCAACUGUAUCAGUAUAUGAGUACAUGUGCGUGCAGAAUGUCUUGCCUAUGAAUGGUAAAAGGACUCAAAAGAUGGACUAAUGCUAGAGGAAGGAUUCAAAGCCAGUGGAACAACGUACAUAAGAACCGGCUUUGAUGGUUAAAUUCCCACUCUGUGGCCGACCAAUCAUUCGUAAAGCACACAUGUGAACGGUCCCCGGGGUAGUCUCUCUGACUGACCGAGAUGCAUAGAUCCAGGACAGCUGAUCCAUGUGUGACCAACCAGUGGAGGACGGGAGGCUUCAGUCAUGUCUUACCAGACAGACGCCUCUCUGUCGUUGACCUCUACCCACUUAGACAAAGGAGGCAAGAGGGGAUUGGAGGGAGGCCAAACUAUAUUUCUCCAUUGAUUUCUCUGAUCCUAGGCAUUAAGCUCACUCCUAAAGCUCCAUUACCAGCCCCAGGUCCCCUCUGCACCCUCUCCUUCCAAUCCUCUCCUUCCGCCUGAGAGGAGAAUCAAUUUGUGGCCCCCACCCACCCAGCCUUCCCCGGAGGUGUCACAGCUCCCCAUGCCUAAUGGACCCACAGGUACUCUGAGCCUCCAGAAGGAUGACAGAAGAAAUUCAGUCAUCUUAAAGGACCUAAACAGUGUGUCAUUCUCCCCAAGUUCACCAUGUCCACAGAGCCCACAUGAAGAGAACAUGACUGGGGAUUUGGCCUGAUGCAUAUAUGAAGUAUUGGAUUAGAUGUAACCGUUGGUAAUGAGGAACGAUCAAGUUGUUGUUUUAUAUCUGGUCAUGUCUGAUGUUCAAGAUGUUGAAUGUUUGAUGCGAAUGCAUUAAAAGGCUGCUGUUUUUCAUUGCCCUUCAUGUUGUCUCUCUCUAGUCAUCGGAACGAUUUGAGAAAUUACGCAUUAACCAAUUGCUUAACAGCUACUUAGUUUUCGGCAAAUGAGAAAGAGAGAGGAGAAGAUGAUAGGCAAUGAAUCACUAGGCCAUUGGUAAAUUGAAAUAUCCAUUACAGUAGUCCACCUACUGGGCAUACCACUUCAUUUCAACGUGAAGAAUUGGGUAUUAUUUGGUUGAUACGUUGAUCAACGAGAUUACAACCUAUUUUCAACCAUUCAAAAAGACUAUGCAUUCAACCAUCUUGCAUUCAACCAUCUUAAAGCACAACCAAAUUCGAAUGGAAAAUCAAUGUCUAUUUUUUGGUUUAGUUGUCACCUAAAUGUGUUAUCGCUAUGCUUUCAACCAUUUAAAAGCACAACCAAGUUCAAAUGGAAAUGCAGUGUCAUAUUUUGUUUAUUUAUACAACAACUUAAUGUGUUAUCACUGUGCUUCAUUGAAUAGCACAACCAAAUGACACGGAUUGCAAUUGAGAUUAUUGAAGGACACGGUGUGCAGAACGCAGUGGCUAUACAGUAACGCUAUACAUGACUCAGGGUCUCCGCUUCACAGCGGUCUUGACAGACAAUCUCUCUGAACUUGAGCACCGCGCAGAAGUUGCCCUUAUCCCUACCGCUAAUUUGGCUACUUUUGCACAUUUGUUUGUUGUCUGAAUGAGGGAAAUGCUGUAAAUUACGAGGACUUGUUGUACACUGAGUAUACAAAACAGGAACACCUGCUCUUUCCAUGACAUACCCUAAUCAGGUGAGUCCAGGUGGAAAUAUGAUCCCUUAUUGAUAUCACCUGUUAAAUCCACUACAGUCAGUGUAGAUGAAGGGGAGGAGACGGGUUAAAGAAGGAUUUGUAAUGCUUGAGACAAUUGAGACAUGGAUUGUGUAUGUGUGCUAUUCAGAGGGGUGAAUGGGAAAGAUAAAAGAUUGAAGUGCCUUUGAACGGGUUAUGGUAGUAGGUGCCAGGCACAUCGGUUUGAAUGUGUCAAGAACUGCAACGCUGCUGGGUUUUUCACUCUCAACAGUUUCCCGUGUGUAUCAAGAAUGGUCCACCAUCCAAAGGACAUCCAGAAAACUUGACAUAACUGUGGAGUCAACAUGGGCCAGCAUCCUUGUGGAAUGCUUUCGACACCUUGUAGAGUCCAUGCCCCAAUGAAUUGAGGAUGUUCUGAGGGCAAAAGGGGGUGCAACUCAAUAUUUGGAAGGCGUGCCUAAUGUUUUAUACACUCAGUGUAUGAUAAAAUAUGGAUAUAUUUAAUUUGCUCUGUUAACCUACCCUUUAGAAUGCCUAUGUUAGCAACUAUUAGGUGGAUAUUCCACAACAAUCAUUCUCAGUAGGGCUGGGCUAGGUUAAAGGAAUACUUUGGGAUUUUGGCAAUGACCGGAGUCAAAUGAACUCGUGGAAGCCAUUUUUAUGUCUCUGUGUCCUGUAUGAAGGAAGUUAGAAGUAGUUUCGCGAGCCAGUGCUAACUAGCAUUAGCCCAAUGACUGGAAGUCUAUGGGUAUCUGCUAGCAUGCUAACAGAUACCCAUAGACUUCCACUCAUUGCGCUAACGCUAGUUAGCAACUUUAUUCAAACUACACGCAGAGACAUACGAAUGGUAUCCACGAGUUAAUCUGACUCUGGAGAAGUAGGUAAAAGAGCCUCAUUGCUAAAAUCCCUUUAAUACCCUGGAUGACAGACCAACGGGAUAGGUGUAGAUAGAUCAUCUCUCCAGUAGGACAUGCUGCCCAGCCUAUUGUUUUUUUCUUCUAGUGGAUAUUACGUUGACGAUCUGAUGUUGUGUCAAAGGUGCAAAUUCAACAUAUUUUAUCUUUGGUUACCAUGAUGACAUAAACUUGUGGUUGAGAAUUCAGCCUCAAUACAACAGUU